ACACUGCAAACGCUCUCCGAGUCGUCGAAUAAGUUGUUCGGUUGUUGGGUUGUUCGGAAAAAGUUCAGGUCCACCGCGAGAAACGUGAAACUCAGAAACCGAAAUACGUAUUUUGAGUCAUUUUACCGAGUGGCUAUGCAAAUUAAAUUGCGGCUCUCCCAAAUCAAAAAGGCCAACAGGUCGCCUCCCGACUAAAAUAAACACAAUUUUCAAAUGAAACGGGUACAACGCAAGCAACGAAAUAACUACUUAACCGGUUUGAAAAUCGUCGCACAUUUUUCUUGUCCAAAUAUUUAAAUUGCAGUGGAUAAAAUUAUCAUCACUCACACGUACAUAUAUAAAUUCAAAAUAUAUGUAAGCUGUGUGAACUUGUGUGUGGUUCGUCAAAAAAUAAAUAGUUUCGACCAAGGAAACUAAAGAAAUAAAAACAAAGCCAGACGCAGACAUAACUGUGAAAAUAAACCAACCAGACAGCCAUGGGAUAUUCCAUUAAGAACUGCGAAACUGGUGAGCUGGAGUACUUCUACACAGAUACCGUGCGCGUAAAGAGACCCACCUACGAUGAGGAAACCGGCGAGCCGAUCCACGACCAGGUCACGAAGAUGCGCUUUCGGAAACACACCAACUUCCACGUACCCAAGCACUUCCUGCGUGGAACCAUCUGCGAUGAGAUUGACGACGAGCUGGCCAACACUGUGAGACACGGAGCGGCCGCCGUGAUUCCCAAAAAGGCUCCCAGGAAGGCAACUCCAGGAUACGAAAGCGAGGACUUCUGCCAAAUGGAUGGCGUAAGCAGCAACAUCAUUCUGGGGUACAAUCGACACCAGUACCUGCUGUUCCUGGUGCCCACGCUCUUCUGCUACAACUUCUUCAUCGGGGCUGCCUUGGCCCUAAUCGAGAUCUUCCUGCAUAUGUUUUCGCACCACAAGAACAGCCUCACGAUGCAGAAGGGCCUGUAUUUCCGGAGUCCGCUCCACGUGCUCUCCUCGCAGUUCUGCGCCACUUGCCGCACGGAAUGCGACAGCAAAUACAACCGCAUCUUCGACAUCCUCAACAAACAGAUGCGCAACUCACAUCGCUCGGCGACCCUUAAGAACAUGGCCAAGGCGAUUGGCUAAGCCGGGAGGGAUUCGAUACGGUCUAUAUAUUUUAACAACAGAAAUGUUCUUGUCACACGAUCAACAAAAAAUAAAUGCACUCGUUUAUCACUCAA